AUGGGUUCUACGGGAUUGACUUUGGCAGAUUUGCCGAAUAUAUUUAUUAUGAUAGGUGCCCUCGUUGCACUUUUUGUGAUGCUAGUCAUUCUUCUCAGGAACAUGGAAUUCAUAGGUAUAGUCGGCGAAGGUCGAGAAGACACAUGGCCGAGAGCAAUGCAGCCUCCACGUCUCUUGAUGCAAAGGGUUCAUAUACCUUUCACAUUCAAAUUACAAGAGAACGAACCUAUUGGGUAUAGCGGUGUGAGAUGCUGCGUGUCAUCUACCGUGAGAUACUGGCACGCGAGCUGGUGGGGCGCGCCUGUGAGGGACUUACAUCAGACACUGUGGGGCACUUUGCCAGAAAUACUCGCCUCAAGUAAUUUAAACUUUAGCAGAUGUAAUCCACACGAUGAGAAAGAUAUGAAACUUUCAUCGGAGCCACUACAGUUGGGUUCUCCGCCUCGAACCUGCUACCCUCUAGUCGUCAUCCUGGCACGUGACCAGAGGGACACCGCCGAACUGAGGCCAGAUGACACGGUAGCGCUAAUAAGCGUCGUACACAUUAGGGACGACCAGUGCCAGCUUCCCAGCGGCAUCAUAGCACAAUACCUGAAGCAAGCAAAUGGACACUUGUCUUGUUUAAAACAACUCUACGUGUCCGGAGAGUCGACGGAGACGUGCGAGAGCGAGACAGAGAUGGGUGAGUACGCGCGAGAGGCGCUCUGCUGCGUGUGCGCCGCCGCGCCGCUCUCGCGCGCGCUAUUGCCGUGCCGACACGCGUGCCUGUGUGCGAGGUGUUUGCCUAAACUAGACAAGUGUCCAAUCUGCCGGAGCGCCAUCACGAGCUAUUUCUGCAUCCGCAAUGAAGAGGAGCCGUUGUCGGAGCUCAAGCAGCAGUUCCCGUUCAACAGGCGUAUAUUAAACCUUUUCCAUUAUCAU